AUGAGAAUUUGCCCACGUCCUGGCCUUCCUUUACAGCUGGGCUGCAGGUCUUUUGUCUCUCGUUGUAACCCAUUAGCAUCCUUCCCACGCCCUCCGACCCUUGAAGCUGCACCGGCUGGCCCGCGUCGUUCAACAUGGAUCCGGAAACUCAGAACUACGACUAAAAACGGGCAGUUUACACAUAACAAGCCUCCUCCCACGACCAUCGAACCCAGCGAGAGCAAUUUUUAUUUUCACCCAAGGCUUUCAGGAUUUGUGCCGAAGGCGAGAGAUGACGCCUCCGCCUGGGUACGCCUUCUAGAGCCGCACUUGCCACAAGAUCAGCGCGUCAACGGUUCGAAAGAUGUCGAGGACCAGGGUCUCGGGCCUAAAACUGUGCCAUAUGAAGAAGGAAAGGAAAUAGCGUCUAUUUUACGCCAUGCGCGCCUUUUAGAAGAUUUGGAUCUUCUUUCAUACCUUGGGUUCACGCUACAAAGAUGGGCUGCCGUCCACACACUCGUCACCAAGAUGUUGGAUACAGUGGACAAACUGGAACAAGGUGCACUUGCUAGGAGAGGCCUUCCAUCGAAUUUGAAGUGGCAUGUCGGAGAUAUUAAAGAGAUCACGAGUGACGUCUUUGCGCAUAAUUCCGAUGAUCCAUCUUAUAUUUCCUCGGGGUUUGAAAAAAUACCUGUCCCAGUGUCUAUGGAUAAUUUUACGAGUGAACCCCAGGAUGAAAUGUCAAAGUUGUACAUCAUGGGAGAAAUCUGGCAAAGCCUGGGUUUCAUUGUCCUCGAGGCCGCUGACCGAUCAUCUCAGGAAUCAGACGUGGCCAUGUCAUAUGUCUAUCAAACGAUCGGGCGUCUCCAUCAUUCCGGAAAUGUCUCGGACGUGGUCUAUAAGCAUUCGAAUCUCGCCAGUGAUCUAUUAUUGUUUCGCCCGCCAGGGAUGCAUCUUUUGUACACGCAUAUAAUGAACGUCUUGACAGACACUGCUUGGCUAGUUCAUGAAGCAGAGGUGUUGGAAAAGGCAAAGGCUGCUGGAAAUAAACCCCCCUAUCGGCCUUUCACAAUGGGCAUUCGACAUUUAGGUCACGAGAUAUGGCUUGAGUUCAUUCUUUGGUCGUGUAUUGAGAACGGUCAAAUCAAGGAAGGCAUGUGGAUUCUGAAGAAUAUGCAGACUAGACAGUCUGUUUCUCCGUGGAGAGCGGUGUCAUGGAACUCGCUUCUUGAGAACCCAGAUAUCAUUGAGGAUACGGAUAUAGACACCGAAGACUUUUGGCCACAUCCUGAUAUACAAAGGACUGCUAAAGAAUCGGAGCACAAAUCCGGAGCCUUCAAAGGCUUGGGAAAGCGAAUCAUCAGCGCUGAGGUUGUCACAGCUUUGACACAUCAUGCGGUGAGACUCGACAAAAAGGGCGUUGAACCAGGCCGGUUUAUUGCUGAAGGCAAUGUCGAAGCUCUCGCUUCUAUUAAUGGCAUUGCAAAGUCCACCGGCGAUGAAUGGGCCAAGGCCUCGUUGCCCACAUAUCUUCAGAUAGCCGGUGUCAUCGAGUCACAACGCCUAGAUACAGGUGCGGAGCCAAAGUCACUUGAGCUGCUUUUGAAAGCCUUGCGUCCUGCUAUGCCCCCCUGGAAUGAUUCGGUCCCCACAGACUAUCAAGCUCUUUCUGCAAUCAGCAGACCUGAGAUAUACAAUACUUCCUCUAUGCUCACGGGUCUGUUGGAAAGAAUGAUGCGAACAUACUCCAGCCAUCGUCAGAUUGAAAGUGCGACCGAAACCUUCAACUGGCUCCAGCAAGUCAUUGAUUCAAUCAAAAUGGACAGUAUACAGGGAUUCUUCGAGAAGGAGGCAGACAUUGAAAAUCAAACUGAUGCUUUAGAGUUGACGGAAUUACCUGAAACGCCUGUCCAGAUUGACCAGUCGUCAAUUCCAAGUAUCUCUCAAGGCACUUUGGCAGAUCUUUUGGACUUGGUUACGAUUAGUAAAGCAUUCGAUUUUGGCGAAUGGUUACUCUUCUCACAGGAUGCCGAUGGGCCCGCCAUUCCACUCGACUCAUAUGGGGAUCAAAGCUUGACCCCAUCCAUCCUUCGCUUUGCCAUGGCCACUCAAAACCAACAACUUGGCGACAUUGCUAUGGAAAGACUAACUUCGCCUGUUUCGCGAAACACAUUCAAUGCCCUGGCAAAUUUCCGCAUCGCGUUCCAUCAAUGGGACGAAGUGGAAGCAGUUUUAAAUCUACUUUGUCAGCAUAGGCUCAAGACAUGGGGUGAAAGUACAUUGGCAACUCUAGCGGCUGUCAUCAUGAGGCUAGAGCAAAAGAUUCAGGUUUCGCCCGAAGAAGACGCAAUUUACUCACUUGCUCGGGCACAAGGUCUCCUGGAACGUUUUCUGACUGGGACCUACAACCCGAAGAAAACGUCCCAUUGGCACCUCAGAGUCCACUACGAUAGAGCCAUAUAUCGAUGGCACCAUGUGCUCUCCUCGAUCGGGGGAACCGUGACACAAUCGUGUCGCAGUACCCGGCCUCGCUACUCAAACAAACACGAUCGCGACAAGCUACCUUACAUCCCCUCUGUCGCAUUCCAUGUCCUACUAGAUGCCGUCGUCGAAACCCGUGGCAGCUAUCGUGGCAUGGAAUUCUGGAAAAAAUGGUGCAUCGACAUUGAACGCCCCGAAGCAGCUCUCCUAACCGAAGACGGGUUCUAUCGCCUACAAAAGAGCGCAGACCCGACCACAGAGCACACCGAACCCCAAAUCGACCUGGUAUGGUUCCGCGAAAAGCAGCGCAAAGCCGUGAUUCCAAACCUGGCAACGGUGCGAAUCAUCUCGCGAGCCGCUGUUCAAGAGUACAAAAACCUGAUCAUCGACGACGACGACGAGCCGCUAGCAGCUGAAGCUAGUAGAAAGCAAGUUACAAAAGUGUUGGAUUUCUGCGUGGAGCGAUAUCGCAGAUUGGGGCUUGAUAAAGAUCAGAUUGAUAUUGAGACGAACAACCAUGCGCGCAGGCAGAGGAAGACGGAGGCGAAGAAGAGAAAAGCUCUGGGCAAGCCGCUCGUUCAAAAGGUGUACGACGAUAGGAUGUGA